GGAAGCCAUUGUUGCUCUUUUUUUCCUUCGCCGUCACCGCCCAACCCGUCGUUGUAUUUUUCAUCAAAGUUUUCUAAUAUUAAUCAUGUUAGUGUUAAUGAUUCCAUUGUAUUUAAUUACCUGUUACUUGCACUAUGAGGAGCAGGGCAUGGAGACCGAAAUGAAAAUCAAGAUAUUUGUUGGAAAACAGACCGGAAGAGAUUAUUAUGUUUAUCAUGCAGACGAUGAUCAUAAGUUGUCGUUUCUUAUGGGAGAUACUUACAAUCAGUUCCUUCGAUUGGAUUCAAUGACCAAAUUUGACGACUACAUUGUAGACUCUCCGUCAAAUACUUGUGUGGUGCGUGUCAUAUAUGAUUUACUUGUCAACAUCACCACUAUUGUUGACGAUAAAGAAAAAUAUUGUUUCAUCAUGCCUAACACAAGCGUGGUUUUAUUUUCAUCCACACCACAUUUUCAUAUGAAAACAAUGACCAACCUUAUGCCAAUAACCGACUAUUCAAUUAAAAUUAACCUAAAUACUACAGAGUUAGAGAAGUUCAUGCGUAAUAUGAUUUUAGUCAAACCCUCUAUCAAUAAUGUUUCUGCUUAUGGUUUAUACACAUAUAAAACCUGUGCCCGCUAUACCACCUUCAACUUGAAAGCAAAGAAGCCCAUCAAAAAGGUCUAAACGCCUCAACAUUUAUCAGUUCACAUUAGAAGGUAUAAAAAAAAAAUGUAUAUCUAAUUAAUUCAAAUUAAUAAAAUUAGUUUUAAUUUUUCUUUUCUUUUAAUUUUUUUAUGUAGUUAAUUAAUUGUUCUUUACUUAGCUGUGAACCAUUUUUGGAUUAAAACAUUGAUUUUGGGUCUUGGGAAAAAAUGUCAAACUAGGAAAAGGUCUCCACAGUCUGAUGUUUCAUUAAAUGUUUUUAAAAAUUGUUAUUUUAACCACAUUAGCGCUAAACUUUUCAGAGCCAUACAUUUUUAAACUUAUUUUUGUUAAAAUAUAUUUACCAUAGGACCUAUAUUUAUAUAAAUAUAAAAUAAUAUACAAUAUUUAAUUAAACUAUAUUUUAUGGAUAUGCGUACUUCAAUAGUUUAAUUUAUAUAAAUGUGUACAUUCUUUUUUUCAGUCUGUAUUUGUAAGCCACCACCAUCAUGUUGAUUUAGAUAUCAAGAUGACAAGAUAGUUGCUGUGGACGAUCAAAUUCAGACAAGAACCCAAAAACAUUAGUAAAUUUGUUGACCGUUUAAUAAUUUUAUAAAAAUUAUCUCUUAUCGUCUUUAGACAUUCACAUUAUAUAAUUUGUAAGUUAAGCCUAAGGAUGAGUAUCUUAUAUUGAUCUCUAUAAUGGGAGUUUAUUGUGAAAUUAUUUUCAUACAUGUGUAUGAAAUAAUUUUAGUCCCCUUCAAAGAUAAACAGAUUAAAAACAAAAUAAAAUUUAAUAUUAACAGUGCUAGAAAUAACACUGUGGGACACACUGUAUGGUUAGAGAAUUUUAAUAUUGGAUAUUGAGUUCCACUUAAAAUAAUAGUUAUAGUCAUUAUAGAUACUUGAGUGCUUUAAAAAAAUAAAUCAAUAGUAUUGUAUAAUUUUAUGAAAAUAAAUAAUUAAAUGCUUUAUAUUGUUUCUUAAUAGAAUUUCUAAGAUCUGCAGAACUAUAAUGAUAAUUCAGGAGCACCUCAUUGUGUACUUUAGUUAGGUUUUGGUUAUGGUAUUUACCAUAAAUAGAUCAAGGUGGU